AGCUCCCACCCCCUUUGCCUUGCUCACCUGGGAAGGUGAAGAAUGCAUCUCCAAUAUUGGGACGGAUCCUUGCUGCAAUGAGACCUGAGCUGUGUCUUGAAGACAGCGACACUGGGAUCGGCAGAUGGUGUGUGCUUGAGCCACAAGAACAGCUCUAAGUUGCUACAGAUUGGCUACCUAUCUAUUAGGAGAAGAUGGCCAUCUCCUUGAAGAUCUGCUGCUUCACUCUUGUGCUCCUUCCUCUGGUUGCAGCGACGCACUCAGACUGCAUCAUCAGAAAGGAGCAGGAGGCCUGCCUGGAGAAAAUCAAGAGAGCAAGUGCCCUCAAUCCACUGAAUGAGUCCUCCCCAGGAUGCCCUGCGAUGUGGGAUAAUAUUACAUGCUGGAAGUCGGCGAGUGUGGGCGAAAUCGUCUUUGUCAAGUGUCCCGCUCUGUUCAGUAUUGUGAACUCGGAAGACGGUUGGGAAGUGGAUAACAAGGGGCAAACUCAUCCAGGUGAUUUUGACCUAUUGGAUAGCACAGGCCAAACUCCCUUAGAUGUAGGGAACAUCAGCAGAAACUGCACAGAGGAUGGCUGGUCUGAACCUUUCCCUCAUUAUUAUGAUGCCUGUGGGUUUGAUGAAAAUGAAACAGAGUCUGAAAAUCAGGAUUAUUACUACCUCUCCGUGAAGGCUCUGUAUACAGUGGGAUACAGCACGUCCCUUGUAUCUCUCACCACAGCAAUGGUUAUCCUGUGUCGUUUCAGGAAACUUCACUGCACUCGGAACUUUAUUCACAUGAACCUCUUUAUUUCAUUUAUUCUACGAGCAAUAUCCGUCUUCAUCAAAGAUGGGAUUUUGUAUGCGGAACAGGAGAUUAACCAUUGUUUUAUAUCUACUGUGGAAUGCAAAGCAGUGAUGGUCUUUUUCCACUAUUGCGUCAUGUCCAACUAUUUCUGGCUGUUCAUUGAGGGAUUGUACCUUUUCACCUUACUGGUGGAGACCUUUUUCCCAGAGAGGAGAUAUUUUUAUUGGUACACCAUCAUCGGCUGGGGCACCCCGACAAUUUGUGUCACUGUCUGGGCUGUGCUGAGACAUCACUUUGAUGAUAUCGGCUGCUGGGACAUGAAUGAUAACACUGCCCUGUGGUGGGUGAUAAAGGGCCCCGUGAUUGGAUCAAUAAUGAUAAACUUUGUUCUUUUCAUUGGCAUAAUCGUUAUCCUUGUGCAGAAACUCCAGUCGCCUGAUAUUGGGGGCAACGAAUCCAGCAUUUACUUCAGCUGCGUUCAGAAAUGCUACUGUAAGCCCAAGAGGGCUAACCAGCACUCUUGCAAGAUGUCAGAACUAUCCACCAUUACCCUGAGGCUGGCCCGCUCCACUCUGCUGCUUAUCCCCUUGUUUGGAAUUCACUACACAGUGUUUGCCUUUUCUCCUGAAAAUGUCAGUAAACGGGAGAGACUAGUGUUUGAAUUGGGACUGGGAUCUUUCCAGGGCUUUGUCGUUGCUGUUCUCUACUGUUUCUUGAAUGGGGAGUUUCUCCCUAAAGGUGCAAUCAGAAAUAAAGAGAAAAUGGAGGAGCUGGAAAGUCAACCGGUAUUUUGCUGUGGAUUUCAAACAUCGCCAUCCCUCUCUGGCGAGCAGCGGAGUGAACGGGGGGACACAACUCUCCAUUCUGAGCAAGAGCAGCUCUCAGAUUCGGAUGUCCAGCAUAAAUGCGGAGAAUCUAGUGACAUGAGCAACUAAAUAACCCCUCCCCCGAAUAAAACCCAAGACACCCCUUUAAAAAGAAAAAAAAAUCAUAAUUUUGGUGGUGUGGGUUUUCUUUUUUAACGAUUAUUAUUAUGAUUUUUUUAAUGUAAGAUGUGUCCAAAAGCAUGAAACAAAACAUCCCUGGCGUUUUGCAGAGAAGAAAAAAAGGAUAUUUUUUUAACGAUCAUUGUAAAUACACCACUAAGAUCCAUGCCAUUGACAAAAAAAAUCAAUAAAACGCCAAGCCCACCCCCACACACCCAUUUAGAGCAUCUGCAAGUAAUCCAUUGUCAGCCAAGUGUAUCAAGUGAUUGCUGUGCAGUUGUGAACAUUGGUUGCCAAACUGAUAUAAAUCUGUCUGUGCAUGGACUUCAUUGUUGUUAUUUUUGGGGUCUGGGUUUGUUUGUUUUUUCUAAUCCAAUGCAUCGUCACUAUGCCUCAUUCCCAUCUUUGUUGUCUGAAUAUUCUCAGUCUCUUUGGAGUCUUAGGAUAUAGCUAUAACGUUGGGAUUAAUAAUGCCGGCCAGUUCACCAAGGACUCUGGAAAUGGAUUUCAUGGCUGGAUUUGGUCAGAAGAACUCAGCGGACUUAGAACAUCUGCUGUGACUGUGUGAGACAGCA